AUGGAAACUAUCCUAUGGUUAGAGGACAAUGCUCCAAAUAUUUCUGGCGUUGCUUGGGUGGUGAAACUACCGGAAGAAUUUGUCGAGAUGAACUGUUUUUCAAUACGGAAUUCUUUGAUUGUAAAAAGUGCUAUGGAACCAAAUUGCAUCACAUUGAAUGGAGGCGUUGCAGGACAUUCUGCUUGUUCAAGAUUCUACUACAGUUGUAUAGCUGGGAAACUUUUUCAGCUUCAAUGUCCGGAAGGCCAAGCAUAUGAUGUGAAGCAGAAACAAUGUGUUGCUAUGGAAUUUAUGCCAGAAUGCACAACUGCAGAAAAACCUGUCUUAUCAACUACAGGCAAUCCAAUUCAAAUAUCUAAAAUAAUUCCGGCACCAGAAUUAAAUGACUUCUGUAAUACAACUGGUGAUGGGAUGUUCUCAGCAGGCUGUGAAAGUUACUUCUAUUUUUGUGCCUCGGGCCUUGGAUACCACGUGAAAUGUCCAGAAGGAUUGUUCUUUGAUAGCGAAACACGAAAUUGCAAUUAUAAAGAACAUGUUCUUUCGUGUAAUUUAGUUUUAGAAAAUUCAAGGUUGGUGUAA